AUGGCUAGUAUCAUCGAACCUCGCUACCGCCUGGGAGUGGAUGUGGGCGGAACCAACACCGACGCCGUCCUCAUCCGUCUGGAUCCCAUUGCCAUCGUCGUCUCGCACAAAGCACCCACUACUCCAGAUGUUACCACCGGAAUCACCACUGCCGUUCAGGCCGUCAUUGCAGCAGCAAAAGUGCCCCUCUCGUCCAUCGCAUGCGUCAUUAUCGGGACUACCCACUUUGUCAAUGCUGUCGUACAGCGCUCACCAUCUCUACGCCGCGUCGCUGUGAUUCGACUAUGCGGCGGACCCGAUGAGGGAUUCGGUCGCAACAUCCCUCCUUUUGUCGACUAUCCACUCGAUCUGCGUGCGCGUAUCGAAGCCUUGCGACCAUAUUUCUGCCAUGGCGGAUACCAGAUCUCUGGGGAGGAAAUUAGCCCGCUAGAUGAGACGGAGCUUGAGAGCGUAGCGGCGCAGUUGGUCAGUGAUGGGGUCAAAAACGUCGUGAUCGCGGGUAUGUAUGCGCCAUUGAAUCAUCACCAGGAGAUGAGGGCAAAAGAGGUUCUUUUGCGAUCGAUGGAGAAGAACGCUGGGCCUUUGUACAAAGCGCGGAUUACUCUCUCGCAUGAGGUGUCUGGUUUGGGAUUUCUGGCCAGAGAGAACGCAGCCAUCCUUAACGCCACUCUGCGUCCACUGGCCGAAAGAACGAUCUAUGGCUUUCAAAAGGCCAUGGAGGAUAUCUUCCAGGAUGUUCCGUACACUCUGUAUCUGACACAGAAUGACGGCAGCGUUCUCAGUGCGGCUGAGGCAGUUCAUCUCCCCAUCCGGACGUUCAAUUCAGGCCCAACCAAUUCUAUCCGCGGUGGGGAGUUUCUCUGGCGUGCGGCUACAGAAGCUGCGCAGCUGCAGAAAGAGCAGGCAACGCGCACAGAACCAUUGGUGGUCAUUGACAUUGGCGGAACCACCUCCGACAGUGGACUACUCUUACCUAAUGGCCUGCCACAGAUGAGCUCAGUGACCAGUUUGGUCGGGGGUGUGCGCACCAACUUUGCUCUUCCUGCGGUGGAAAAUAUCGGACUGGGAGGAGGGAGUAUUGUCCGCAGCAUCGGACAGGAUGAUUGCUCCGUCGGCCCGGAUAGUGUAGCCCUCGAACUGUUGGAGAGAGCCCGACUGUUUGGCGGAGAGUAUCUCACUGCGACCGAUAUCGCCGUGGCUUCUGCUGUCAAUGGCGUGACGGAGACGAACCCGCUAAAAGGGAUGGGCGAUGUCUCCACAUUGACGGAUAUAACUAUCCCCAUGGUUAAUCAGGCACAAUACCUCAUGCGCCGCAAGAUCGAGGAACUCGUUGACCGUACCAAGAUCCACAAAGACGACGUGGACGUUCUUAUCGUCGGCGGCGGUGCACCUAUCAUUCGCACCGAUGAGCCCCUGCUAGGUGUGCGACGAGUGCAGACCGUCAAGGGCGGCGAAGUUGCCAACGCUGUGGGUGCUGCUAUCUCGCGCGUCUCGGGUGUAAUGGAUACAGUCGUCGAUACCUCGAACUGCACUGUCAAAGAGGCACAGGAGACUGUCUCCCAAAUGGCGAUUGACAAGGCCCUCGGCAACGGUGCUCAGCCAGAUACAGUGCAGAUUGCGGAGGUGACCAUGCUACCCAUUCAGUAUGUCGAGGCCAAGGCACGCAUUGUGGUGCGGGCCGUAGGAGAGCUGGAUAUUGUAUCGAUAUCAUCCGCAGACAAAACCAUUCCUGUCCCAGACGAAGAAGUCCGUGACACAGACACUGUCACACCUCCACUUCAUACAAUCAAUCUAGUAGCCCCUCAACCAGACCUCCACUCCUACCGCCCUCACAUCCAAAACAACCAAUGGAUCAUUUCCCCCACCGACCUCGACUUCAUCACCCGCGGCUGCAAAAUCCUCGGCUGCGGCGGUGGCGGCGACCCCUACCAGGAAUACCUAAAAGCCAAAGCCUACCUACAAGACCACCCCGGUACCGUCCGCAUUAUAUCUCCCGACUCCCUACCCGACGAAAGCCUGGUCGGCUGGACCGGCUGCAUGGGCAGUCCAGAGGUCAGCAUGGAGCGACUCGAGAACAGCGAAUGUCUACAAGCCCACGAAGAACUAAUGCGGGUGACCGGCAGUGAACCAGUCUCUGCAUUCCUCGCCCUGGAAAUCGGCGGCGGCAAUGGCAUGGUGAAUCUCGGUGUCGCCGCACAUUACGGCGUCCCCUGUCUAGAUGCAGAUUAUAUGGGUCGUGCGUAUCCCACUAUGUGGCAGGUUACGCCGAAUGUGUAUGGUACACCGAGAGGAGAGGCGCUCGUUCCGGCGGCGAUUGCUAGUGGCGAUGGUACGUGCAUGACGAUGACGAGAUCGCGCACGGAUCGACUGGUGGAUAAGGCGAUGCGCGCGGCAGUUGUUGAGAUGGGGUGUCGGGCUGGGAGUGCGGGUCCGCCUCAUCGAGCGGACCGGGUGCGACAGCAGGCGAUUCGCAAUACGGUUUCAUUGGCGUGGUGGAUUGGACGGGCUGUGACUCUGGAGAAGAAUAUUGCGGACAAGGCAAUGCGGAUUGUGGAAGCGGCGGGUGGGCCUGAGAGUGGUGCCAUUCUGGGCGAGGGCAAGGUGGUUAGUGUGUCGAGGGUGUUGAAGACGGGUCAUUCUUACGGAGUGUUGGAAGUGGAUGGGCGGUUGAGUGAUGGACGCAAAGCGACGCUGAACAUUCCGUUCAAGAAUGAGAAUGCCUACGUCGAGGCAGUGAUGGAAGAUGGCGAGACUAAGAUUCUGGCUGCCGUGCCGGAUCUGAUUGUUGUGUUGGAUGCGGAGUCUGGAGCUGGGCUGGGGACCCCGGAGUUCAAGUAUGGGCUUAAGGUGGUGGUGUUGGCUAUCGCGGCUUCGCCAAGAUGGACGGACACGCCGAGGGGAAUGGAGUUAGGCGGACCCAAGUCGAUGGGAUUCGAGGAGGUGGAAUAUGUUCCGAUUGGAAAGUAUUGCGAGCCGCGGAGUGUGAUUGAUGUGUUUGGAUAG